AUGCAAACACUUCAAGACCUCAUCCAGAUCCCCGGCAGCCGCGAGUUCGACGUGAGCUUCCGAUCCGCGGACAAGCUAGCCCUGUUUCUUCGCGUGUACGAGGAAAAGCGAGAGCUGGAGGACUGCUGGGAGAACUUUGUGGUGUUGGGGCGGAGCAAGUCCAGCUUGAAGACCCUCUUCAUCCUCUUCCGGAACGAGACCGUGGACGUGGAGGACAUCGUGACCUGGCUCAAGCGCCACUGCGACGUGCUGGCCGUGCCCGUGAAAGUGACCGACAGGUUUGGGAUCUGGACCGGGGAGUACAAGUGCGAGAUCGAGCUGCGCCAGGGGGAGGGCGGAGUGAGGCACCUGCCCGGGGCCUUCUUCUUGGGAGCGGAGAGGGGCUACAGUUGGUACAAGGGGCAGCCCAAGACGUGCUUUAAAUGUGGUUCCCGGACCCACAUGAGCGGCACCUGCACGCAGGACAGGUGUUUCAGGUGCGGGGAGGAGGGGCACCUGAGCCCUUACUGCCGGAAGGUCAUCGUAUGCAACCUCUGUGGCAAGAGAGGGCACGCCUUUGCCCAGUGUCCCAAAGCGGUUCACAACUCCGUGGCAGCCCAGCUCACCGGCGUGGCUGGGCACUGAACGAGCGUGCGCCUGCUGGGGUGGGUGAACACACAGCCCCUUACCCUUCAUAAGUGCCAAAAUUUUCUUUUUAAAGAUCAUUUUUUAUCGUUUUGGAAGGAGAUAUUUGUAAGACCUAACAGACUCUCUCUUAUGCCUUUUUAAAACCUCGUGCGCUCCUUUCCGGCCUAUUUGAAAUGGUGAGUUUUACCAGGAAGGACUAUUCGGAACUGUAGCGUACAGAUAGGUCGCCUGUCCCCCUUUUCCUCACAUCUCGGAUUUGUUUUGGUACUUCGGUCGACGUCCCGUCGUCCCCUUUGUACUGUUUACUACCUCCCUCCUCACACGUUGUCUCCGUAGAAGAUUCUUGCCCUUUGGGCUGCCUUGCUCAUCUUCAUGCGUCAGCCGGGUUUAGGGCCCAACGCGGGAUACGCAUUCCACCAAGUGUUUAUUGAAUCGCAAACGUUAACUGGUUUAUGUCAAGAGUGCCUACGUUCUGCAGCUCUCCGCUGGACUCUUUUUCAUUUGCUGCUUCUAUGUGAUACGAGAACUUGUACAAACUGUUGCUGGAAGUGUGUGAUCUGAAUAAGCUCUGAAUGGUGGCCCUUGGCCACCUCCUAGCAUAAAGCUGUAUCUGCUUUGUGACAGCUCCUUAUGGUGACUCAGAGACCCUUCUAUAGGAGCUUGGAACCUAGGCAGUCCUGCUGGAAAAGACCCACGAGGUGGUUUUUGGUGGAUUUUCUUUGGGGGAGGUUGCUUCUGUUUUGUGUUUUGGUUUGAGACGGGGUCUCCUUAUGUGGCCCUGACUGACUUAGAACUGGCUGCAUUGGUAGACCGACCAGGCUGGCUUCAAACUUAAGUAACCGUCUCACCUCUGCCUCCCUGAAGGGUGUUUUAACCUAAUCCCUUGGUUUUCCAGCAGAUGAAAUGAACCCAGAGAAGUUAAAUGACUGGGUCAAAGUACACAGCUGUGUGGUGCCUCAGAUAGUCCAUAGUGGAGUCCCCUGACCCCCAGCCCGGUGCUCACCCCACUACCUCUCACGCUUCACAACCAUCUCCUCGACACCGGUGAGCCAAGUCCGUCUGCUCCCUCUGUGGUGACGAUCCCAGCAUGAAGCUGAAAAACCAUCCCCUGAAAGCAGAAAGAGAAAGCUUGUCUUGCCACUUGAUAGUACUAGGGCGCUGGGGAAGGACCAUCGAACACACUCGAGGCUUCAUGCAUCAGUCCUUGGAGUAGACACCUUAAAUGUUCCAGGACCUCCCCUCCCACCGUCACAGUACUCAGUGAAAUGGUUCCCCUCAGCUAAGAAACUGCCAUAAAGAAACUGCCAUACGUUUACAUUUGCACCUCUGCCUCAGCUACUAGGAACCCUAGAGAGCUCAUCCGAAACCUUCAACCUCUGACCCUCAGGAGAACGGUGAUUUUAACCCAGAAUCAUGAGUGAGCUGUAAACUCAAAAGCGUUCUUGGGGAAACAGGCCAAAACAGAGGGUCUGGGUCAACUAAGUGUUACCAAGUUCAAGUGAAAGACAGUAAACUGCUUUUUUUCAGUUUUUGUCUUUGCUGUUUUGCUAUUUCCUUGUGGCUUAGAAUGUAAAACCAAUUGUUCAGAUUUGUUCUGAAUAAAUAUUUAUCUUUCGUA